CCCGAGGGCUGCAGAGAGAUAUUUUGGGUGGCAGGAGGCCCCUCGUCAUUUCCGCCAGGCAGCUUGUCGUGCUGGGGCUUCACUCCCGCGCGCGAGGCGAGCGGGCAAGUUGGCUGCGGGUUCGCGGCGGUGGCGGCUUUUUAGCUUAGCUUCACGACCCUUGGCAGUGCAAGCCAUGAACUGAAGCCCUGAAGAGACGGAGACCUCAACGGAGUGGUGGAGCAGCCAGUGCUUCACCGGGGACCAAGAGGAGCUGAGACCCCGGGGCGUUUCCCUCCUGAUCACCGCUCCCACCGCAGCUGCACGCCGUGUGUAAGAGACGCUGCAGCCGAGAAACCCGAUACACAAAAGCUGCUUUCUCCGAGCUGCCCGCCCAGCAAGGGACCCCACCUGAGGGCGGCUUGGGCUGCUGAGUUCGUUUUGUGUCUGGGCUCUGCACCCCGAGCGGAACCGAUCCCGUGCCCAUGGCUCUGAUCAUGGAACCGGUGAGCAAAUGGUCUCCGAGUCAAGUAGUGGACUGGAUGAAAGGUCUUGAUGACUGUUUGCAGCAGUAUAUUAAGAACUUUGAGAGGGAGAAGAUCAGUGGGGACCAGCUGCUGCGCAUUACACAUCAGGAGCUGGAAGAUCUGGGGGUCAGCCGCAUUGGCCAUCAGGAACUGAUCUUGGAAGCAGUUGACCUUCUGUGUGCACUGAAUUAUGGCUUGGAAACAGAAAAUCUAAAAACCCUUUCUCACAAGUUGAAUGCAUCUGCCAAAAAUCUACAAAAUUUUAUAACAGGGAGGAGAAGGAGUGGCCAUUAUGAUGGGAGAACCAGUCGAAAAUUGCCAAAUGAUUUUCUGACUUCAGUUGUGGAUCUGAUUGGAGCAGCUAAGAGUCUUCUUGCCUGGUUGGACAGGUCACCAUUUGCUGCUGUCACAGACUAUUCAGUUACAAGGAAUAAUGUCAUACAGCUCUGCUUGGAAUUGACAACAAUCGUGCAACAGGAUUGUACUGUAUAUGAAACUGAGAAUAAAAUUCUUCAUGUGUGUAAGACUCUUUCUGGAGUCUGUGACCACAUCAUAUCCCUGUCAUCAGAUCCUCUGGUUUCACAGUCAGCCCACCUGGAAGUGAUUCAGCUAGCAAAUAUCAAACCAAGUGAAGGGCUGGGUAUGUAUAUUAAAUCAACAUAUGAUGGCCUCCACGUAAUUACUGGAACUACAGAAAAUUCACCUGCAGAUCGGUGCAAAAAAAUCCAUGCUGGUGAUGAAGUGAUUCAAGUUAAUCAUCAGACUGUGGUGGGGUGGCAGUUGAAAAAUUUGGUGAAUGCACUACGAGAGGACCCGAGUGGUGUUAUCUUAACUUUGAAAAAGCGACCUCAGAGCAUGCUUACCUCAGCACCAGCUUUACUGAAAAAUAUGAGAUGGAAGCCCCUUGCUCUGCAGCCUCUUAUACCUAGAAGUCCCACAAGCAGCAUUGCCACGCCUUCCAGCACCAUCAGUACACCCACCAAAAGAGACAGUUCUGCCCUCCAGGAUCUCUACAUUCCCCCUCCUCCUGCAGAACCAUAUAUUCCCAGGGAUGAGAAAGGAAACCUUCCUUGUGAAGACCUCAGAGGACAUAUGGUGGGCAAGCCAGUUCAUAAGGGAUCUGAAUCACCAAAUUCAUUUCUGGAUCAGGAAUAUCGAAAGAGGUUUAAUAUUGUCGAGGAAGAUACUGUCUUGUAUUGCUAUGAAUAUGAAAAAGGAAGAUCAAGUAGUCAAGGAAGACGAGAAAGUACCCCAACUUAUGGCAAGCUACGACCUAUUUCUAUGCCAGUGGAAUAUAAUUGGGUGGGGGACUAUGAAGAUCCAAAUAAGAUGAAGAGAGAUAGUAGAAGAGAAAACUCUCUACUCCGAUACAUGAGCAAUGAAAAAAUUGCUCAAGAAGAAUACAUGUUUCAGAGAAACAGCAAAAAAGACACGGGGAAGAAGUCUAAAAAGAAGGGAGAUAAGAGUAAUAGCCCGACCCACUAUUCAUUGCUACCCAGUUUGCAAAUGGAUACAUUGAGACAAGACAUCAUGGGCACACCUGUGCCAGAGACCACACUAUAUCAUACAUUUCAGCAGUCCUCUCUGCAGCAUAAAUCAAAGAAGAAAAACAAAGGUCCUAUAGCUGGCAAGAGCAAAAGACGAAUUUCUUGCAAAGAUCUUGGCCGUGGUGACUGUGAGGGCUGGCUUUGGAAAAAGAAAGAUGCAAAGAGUUAUUUUUCGCAGAAAUGGAAGAAAUAUUGGUUUGUCCUUAAGGAUGCAUCUCUAUAUUGGUAUAUUAAUGAGGAGGAUGAAAAAGCAGAAGGAUUCAUCAGUCUGCCUGAAUUUAAAAUUGAUAGAGCCAGUGAAUGCCGCAAGAAAUAUGCAUUCAAAGCCUGUCAUCCUAAAAUCAAAAGCUUUUAUUUUGCUGCCGAGCAUCUUGAUGAUAUGAACAGAUGGCUUAACAGAAUUAAUAUGCUGACUGCAGGUUAUGCAGAAAGAGAGAGGAUUAAGCAAGAACAAGAUUACUGGAGUGAGAGUGACAAGGAAGAAGCAGAUACUCCAUCUACACCCAAACAGGACAGCCCUCCACCACCCUAUGAUACAUACCCACGGCCUCCCUCUAUGAGUUGUGCCAGUCCUUAUGUGGAAGCAAAACACAGCCGGCUGUCCUCCACAGAGACCUCUCAGUCUCAGUCUUCUCAUGAGGAGUUUCGUCAGGAAGUGACUGGGAGCAGUGCAGUGUCCCCCAUUCGCAAGACAGCCAGCCAGCGCCGCUCCUGGCAGGAUUUAAUUGAGACGCCCCUGACAAGCUCUGGAUUACACUAUCUUCAGACUCUGCCCCUGGAGGAUUCUGUCUUCUCUGACUCCGCGGCCAUAUCCCCAGAGCACAGGCGGCAGUCCACCCUUCCGACUCAGAAAUGCCACCUACAGGAUCACUAUGGGCCUUACCCAUUAGCCGAGAGCGACAGGAUGCAAGUGUUAAAUGGAAAUGGGGGCAAGCCUCGAAGUUUUACUCUGCCUCGAGAUAGCGGGUUCAACCACUGCUGUCUGAAUGCGCCGGUUAGUGCCUGUGACCCGCAGGAUGACGUGCAGCCCCCAGAGGUGGAGGAAGAGGAGGAGGAGGAGGAGGAGGAGGAGGAGGAAGGGGAGGCAGCAGGGGAAAACAUAGGAGACAAAAGUGAAAGUGGGGAAGAAAAGUUAGGAGACUCAUUGCAAGAUUUAUACAGGGCACUGGAGCAAGCCAGUCUGUCACCACUGGGAGAACAUCGCAUUUCAACCAAAAUGGAGUACAAGCUAUCAUUUAUAAAGAGAUGCAAUGAUCCUGUGAUGAAUGAAAAACUACACAGGCUGAGAAUUCUCAAAAGCACUUUAAAGGCCAGAGAAGGGGAAGUAGCCAUUAUCGACAAAGUCCUAGACAAUCCAGACUUGACAUCUAAAGAAUUCCAACAAUGGAAGCAGAUGUACCUUGAUCUUUUCUUGGAUAUCUGUCAAACCACCACCUCAAAUGACCCAUUAAAUAUUUCUUCUGAGGUAGAUGUAAUCACUUCCUCUCUAACACAUACCCAUUCAUACAUUGAAACCCAUGUGUAAGUGUAUUCUGCCUUCAGGCCAUCUGGUAUCUUCUGGUACUUUGAACAAGUAUAUAAGGUAGUUUUUAUAUCAAUGUGUGGGGCACUUGAUAAGCUAUACUUCAGUGUUACCAAACUAUAUGAAACAAACCAUGUAUGGUCAUAAUACUAUUGUCUUUAAUGAGCAUUUGUAUAUUUUAUAUGCAAUUAGUGCUCAGUUUAUGUUUACCAUGUGCAAAAUCAACUGUCUUCAAUGACUUAAAAUUAACUUUUGCAGACUAUUCUGAAGACAAGUGGUCUUCAAGUAGAAAAAACACAAAAUGGCAGUUUUCUACCUACGGUCAUCUUUUCUCCCUUUAAGUUAAUUUUAUAUAAACAAGACUUCAAAAGUAAAUCACAGUUUUUCAGGUGCAGAUAUCCUUGUGGGUGGGAAAGAAUUUAAACCUUUUUUAUAUUUAUUAAAAUGUUCUAAGAAUUUUCUUAAACAUUGCACAAAGUUUAAUGCUGUAGUUUUAUUUUUGUGAAAUGUAGAUGCGCCUACAAGAGUUAAGCAAAAUAGAAAAGCAUCAACAUAAGAGAAGUCAGGUAUCUAAUAUUCGUCUUAAUAGUCUAUUAACUUGUGAAAGCUGGUUAAUGGGAAUACUAUUCCAAAUCUAUGGGGACACUUAAUGGUGUAUCAGGGCAAAGCUUUGUAAGAUGUUUUUGUAACUAAGACCAAAAUUGAAGAUAGAGCUGCUUUAUUUUCUUGGUUUAAAUCUUCCUUUAUUUUUGUAGUGAUGAUAUGCUGAUUGUGUACAGAGGAAUUUGAGAGUGAAUUUUUUAAAACACACUUAACUCACCCAGAA